UAAUAUAUUUUUUUAAGCCGCAUUUACCAUUAUUGAUUUUUUUGGCGUAUAGAAUUUCCUGAAUUUCGUACGGCAGUGUAGGCACUAAACCACAACGUCCAAGAGUUUAAAAUUUAUAGUUUGGCGAUCUACGUUGCAAUGACGAUCUGGCGAUGCCGUUAAAUUUAUUCGUAAUGCUUUUAACAACAGCUGCGACUGCGUCAUGUCAUUGUCCCCAAAGAGCAUAUAAUCACUACGUUCUGAUUGUCCCAUAAGAUUUGUCAUAAUGUGAAAUAAAUGAAUCAAUGUUUGUGAGUAAAAAAUACUUAUCGAAUUAAUUUGCUUCUGCAUUGAGGCGUGAAAUGGAAUUACAGAAAUAGUCCUGAGAAACAACUAACUGGUACCUCAGACGUGCUUCAGAGUGGGUUCCUAUUCCUACUGUACAAUACCACAGGCGGUGUAUAUUAUAAUGCUACAUUCAAGAAAUAGAGAAAUGGGAUAAACAGCAGCCCCUAACAGAAAUUCAGGGAAAGCGGCGUGACCGAGUUGGUUAUCAACUCUUACUUUUGAAAUGGUUCGACGAUUGAUUUUCGACUUAAUUGUGUGUAUUCUCAUCGUCGCGGGCGAAGAAUACGAGCGUGCACGUGAACGUCAACGCGCUCUUUUAAGACUUGACCGUAGUUGCGAUCUCGGCUCCUGCUUUCCCGCCUCCGGGGACCUACUCAUCGGUCGUGAAGACCGCCUCUCUGCUACGUCCACGUGUGGCACCUACAAACGCGAAAGAUACUGUGGAAAUACAGAUUUGAGAAGAAAAACCUGGUUCUGGUGUGAUUCCAGUGACGAUACUGUCAACAAUUUAAAAUUAAACCAUAGAAUACAUAACGUUAUUUAUAAAUAUUCUGGAACACGUGGCGAAUCAUGGUGGCAAUCCGAGAAUGGCAAAGAAAAUGUUUCCAUCCAAUUGGAUUUAGAAGCAGAAUUCCAUCUUAAGCAAUUAAUGUUACAGUUCAAAACAUAUUUACCAAGGGCCAUGUUAGUAGAAUUAUCAACUGAUUUUGGAAAAACAUGGCGUGUAUAUCGUUAUUUUGCCUACAACUGUACCGUCUUUCCCGGAGUUCCGGAGAUAAAAAUCUCUUCGAUAGAAGGUGUUUGCGAAUCGCUAUAUUCUGGAGUUAUACCAUCAAGUGGCAGGACUGUUAACCUUAGAUUUUUGCCGCAAGGUUCGUAUUCCGAGGAAUCAAAGAAUUUUUUUCGCUCGACUAACCUUCGGAUUAACUUUACACAACUUCAUGCUUUUGCCUCAAAUGGUGAUAUAUUAUACAAUACUGACAAUAAAGCGGCAAUUGGAGAUAAAUAUUACUAUGCCAUUAAAAAAAUGACUGUUCUUGGUUCUUGUUUCUGUAAUGGCCAUGCAGCAAGAUGUAUGCCGUUAUCCGGAAACGACUUAAAUGAUAACAUGGUUUAUGGUCGCUGUAAGUGCACUCAUAAUACGCUCGGAAUAAAUUGCCAACAUUGUGAUGAUUUGUUCAAUGAUUUACCUUGGAAGCCAGCUGUUGGAAAGAGAACCAACGCGUGUAAAAAGUGUCCUUGUAAUAAUUACACUACAAAAUGCCAUUUUGAUCGCGAACUUUAUAAUAAAAGUGGGAAAAUACGUGGUGGUGUAUGUGAUAAUGAUAAUUAACAAUAUAACACUACGGAUAUACAUUACUUAUUAAAUUCCAUAACCGCCAACCUCUGCCUACAUAUGUAAAGUCAAUUUAAAUGGUUUAAGGUGGAAUAGAUGCUGAAGUGGAUUCUGGGACUUCAGCAGUACUUAUCUGGAUAGCUGUGAAAAAAUGCAUUUACAACAAGUUAGGAACGGUUACAAACCAAAGUUGCGCCCGUUUAAUAAUCAUGUGUGCUUCUGUAAGGGUCAUGUAACUGAAAGAAAUUGCGAUCAGUGUCUUCCCGAGUUUUAAGAACUGUCAACUAUGACAAUGGAUUUUCACCCUGUACCCUGUGAUCGAUUGUGAUCCAAACGGUGCUCUGGAUAUGAAAUGUGAUUCAAUAAUGUAAAUGCCCACCAAAUAUUUUUUUUUAUUUACUCUUUAUUGCACAAAAGAAAUAUAAACGUACAAAAGGUGAACUUAACCAGUCAACCUUUAGGCAAAGCAGAUGAGUUGUAGGCGGUGCAAAAUCAUGAUAUAUAAAAAAUACGUUAAGGCACUUUUAGGGACACAAUACAUACAGAUAUAAAUAAAACACAGGCAUAAACAUAUUUUAUUAUUAUAUUAAAUAAACUUACAAUAUAAUACAGUUUCCUGCAAAACUGUAUGCACAGUUUGACUGCAGGCGCUAGUCUCUUAUACUUUCAUCUGAUUUCACUUAUUUCUUAUACGUAAUAAAUGAAAUCACUGAAAAUGUACAAAACAGAAACACUAAGAAAUUUCAGUAAUGCCCGCAAAACACUCAUUUAGGGAGUUUAAUAAACGCAAACCUUUUACGUCAGAAUGGCGGGUGGACCUUUUUAGUUAAAUAUCUUGUUUUAGGGAGGGGUACACUGGUUUCUAUUAAAGGUAGGUAUACUAGGUACACUGAAGUACACAGAACAUACAAUAGGUUUACAAAUAUUUCGUUGAAAUUCGCUUAAGUCCAUCCGCCAUCCUGACACUCACAUUUGUAAAGACUUAAUAAACUUACCCAUGAAUAAGCUUAGCUGAUUGUUUAUUUACGAAUAC